AUGGCGCAGAAAGGAGUUCAGCUGGAUUGUGGAAACUCUCGUCAUGAUGAGGUGAUGAAGAUGUUCUGUCGUACUGAUCAGCAGCUUAUCUGUUAUCUCUGCUCUGUGGAUGAACAUAAAGGCCACGACACAGUCUCAGCUGCAGCAGAGAGAGCUGAGAGGCAGAGAGAGCUCGAGGGGAGUCAACAAAACAUCCAGCAGAGAAUCCAGGACAGAGAGAAAGAUGUGAAGCUGCUUCAACAGCAGGCGGAGGCCAUCAAUCUCUCUGCUGAUAAAGCAGUGGAGGACAGCGAGAAGAUCUUCACUGAGCUGAUCCGUCUCCUGGAGAAAAGAAGCUCUGAUGUGAAGCAGCAGGUCAGAUCCCAGCAGAAAAGUGAAGUGAGUCGAGUCAAAGAGCUUCAGGAGAAGCUGGAGCAGGAGAUCACUGAGCUGAAGAGGAAAGACGCUGAGCUGAAGAAGCUCUCACACACAGAGGAUCACACCCAGUUUCUACACAACUACCCCUCACUGUCACCACUCAGCCAAUCAGCAUCCAGCAUCCAUAUCCAUCCUCUGAGCUGCUUUGACGACGUGACAGCGGCCGUGUCAGAAGUCAGAGAUAAACUACAGGACGUCCUGAGAGAGGAGUGGACAAACGUCUCACUGACAGGGACUGAAGUGAAUGUUUUACUGCCACAACCAGAGCCCAAGACCAGAGCUGGAUUCUUAAAAUAUUCACGUGAAAUCACACUGGAUCCAAACACAGCACACACAAUGCUGUUAUUAUCUGAGGGGAACAGGAAAGCAACAUUAAUGAGACAACAUCAGUCUUAUUCUAGUCACCCAGACAGAUUCACUAACAUGUGGCAGGUCCUGAGUAGAGAGAUUCUGACUGGACGUUGUUACUGGGAGGUGGAGGUGGAGAGGAGUGGAGGAGUUUCUGUAGCAGUCGCAUACAAGAAUAUCAGCAGAGCAGGGGGGUUGGAUGAAUAUGUAUUUGGAUGAAAUGAUAAAUCUUGGACGUUAGAUUGUUACAAAAGUUAUACAUUUUGUUACAACAAAGUCCAAACUCCAGUCUCAGGUCCUCUG